AAAUAUCUGACACGAAAACAAGUAUUGCACAGGAAGAAACUCAAUUGUCACCAUUGAAAAAAAAAAGGCGAGGAAAAAUAAAUUUUAUUUCACAAAAAUUAGCUGGAGCUUUGGAUAGGUGCAAAUUAAGUGUUAGUGACUCAGUAUACGUUUUACAAGCAACAUUAGAGGCAUUAGGAUUCGACAACGAUGAUUAUAUAAUUAAUUCAACUUCUAUUCAUAGAGCACGAGAAUUGUACCGUUGUGAACGUGCUAAAAUGAUAAAAUCACGGUUUCAAGAAUCUCGCCCAAGUUAUGUUAUAGUUCACUGGGAUGGAAAAUUAUUACCUAAUAUUCACGUCAAAAAUACGACAGUUGAACGACUUCCAAUUAUCGUAACUAGUAAAAAUAUUGAAAAAAUCAUCGGAGUUCCAAUACUGCAGAGGUCAACCGGUGAAGAACAAGCCACCGCUGUAUACAAUGCGUUAAAUGAUUGGGGUUUAUUGGAUGUUGUGCAAGGUUUAUGUUGUGAUACUACUUCAUCCAAUACAGGCCGUUUGAAUGGAGCAUGUAUUCUUAUUGAAAAAAAAUUAGACAAAGAUUUACUCUAACUCCCUUGCAGACACCACAUAUACGAGUUGGUGUUAAGAAGUGUUUUUGAAACUAAAAUACCGCAAGUAACUACGAGUCCAUCUAUUCCAUUAUUCAAAAAUUUUCAAAAAAAAUGGAUUGAUAUUGAUUCUAGUAAUUUUAUAAGUGGAUUAGAAGAUCAAUAUUGUAGUAGUGUCAUAGAAAAUAUCAGAGAAGAUAUUCUUAAUUUUGUACAAAGUCAAUUAGAAAUUAAAAAUUCUCGCGAUGAUUACAGUGAGUUUUUAGAAUUGGUACUAAUAUUAAUUAUUGGUGGAAAUUUUGAAAAAAAAAUUAAAAUUCAUCCACCGGGUGCAAUGCAUCAAGCUCGAUGGAUUGCUCGAGCAAUCUAUUGCUUGAAAAUAUUUAUAUUUAGGCAUCAGUAUCAUAUUUUUGCCACUGAGAAAAAAGCAAUUGGGGAAGUUUGUAUAUUCAUCGUUAAAUUUUAUGUCAAAGCGUGGUUUACUUGUACAUUGCCAAUAAAAGCUCCAAACCUAGAUUUACAAUUUAUUAAAUCUUUAAAAUCCUACGAAAUAGUUGAUAAUCAAAUCUCUACAGCCGCUAUCAAAAAAAUUAUGCAAUCACUUGUGGUAUUUAACUGAAGUAGCUGCUGCUCUAUCAUUUUUCGACGAAUCGAUACCUUUUGAAACAAAACAAUUAAUGGUAAAAGCUCUUAAGAAAAAAUCAUCCAUUAACUCGACUAAACGGCUUACACUUCAACCAUAUCAGAUUGAUGAAAAAUUUAAUGAAAUGAAUAUUGGUAAAUUUAUUUCAGAAAAUAGCUUAAAACUAUUCACCAGAUUUGGUAUCGAUACAAGUUUUUUACAAUACGAUCCAAAAUCGUGGGAUAACCAAAUCAGUUUUAUUAAUGGUAAAGAAUUAAUAAAAUCUCUAAAAAUAGUCAAUGAUACAGCUGAGAGGGGCGUAAAAUUAAUGGCAGACUUUAAUGAAGCGUUAACAGUCAACAAAGAGCAAAAGCAAUAUGUACUACAAUGUGUUCAAGAACACAGACAAAUGUAUCCAAAUUGUAAAAAGGAAACAUUAAAAAAAAAAUAUUAAUUUAAAUCAUUAAUUAUAUACUUCAAUAAAUAAAAAUAUUUCAUAAUACAUUAACACUGACGACUUUACCAUUAAUAAUAAUAUGUUUAUAUAGUUUUAACAGUAAACAUUUUCAGAAUACGGUAUUUCUAUAUAUUUAAGUCAAUAUAUCUCAAGAACAGUAGAAGCUAUUAAAAACUUGUUAAUAGAUAAUUUAUAGACAAUUUUGUUUUAUUUAAAACAUAUUAUAUAAAUGAUUUCGAUUUACUCAACGGUUUGCGAAAUAUUUAAAAAAAUAUAAAGAAUUCUCAUAAAUAUUCAAAACUUGAAUUAAUUCAAACUUUAGGUUCAAUUCGGCACGGGUUAACCUAGUUUGAUUGCCUCAAUAUUUUUCGUAAUUCAUUUUUAUAUGCAUACACACAUUUUUAGAGGGUGAGCCAAAAAAAAAUAUUAAAUUUGAAAAUUAAGGAACACCCUAAUCUAUAUAUUAUGUAAUUAUACUAUGGAGUUAUAAUAGUUGAUAUUGCAACAUGUAUUAUAGUUAUGUAUAAUAUGUAUACUGGAAUGAAUACUACAAUUAUUAACAUAAAAUGCUUUGUAUUCGUGUGUAUUUAUUACUUUGGUAUAAUUUAAAAUAACUAUGUUCUGACAUUAUGAUGGUUGUAUUGUUUAUUCAAUAAGCGGUGUUUCUUUUUUAUAUAUAGUAUUUAUACCAAUGGAAUUAUGUUUGAAUGAAAUAUUUGAAAUUUAAUGAAAGAAUUUCUUUGUUUGAAAAAUUAACCAUUGUUUUCGUAAUACGUCGUCGUGUGCACGUGAUGUAUUCGCUAAAUCAAAAAAAUAAAAUAUGUUUAUAAAUAUUUCAACAAGACGUUAUUUUGCGUGCGUUAAUUUAAAAUUGAAUACUAGGCACUUGUUGUAGACCGACUUUUUUCCCUAUUUUUUCCUCGUAAAUUGUAUUGGCUGAAUUCAUAAGAACACAUCGAAUCUACCCAGUACGCACAUGGUUCGCAUCAUUAACAAGGUGUCUCCCCGAGCCCCGAUAUGUGUGUUGACUGCCAAUAUUGUCAAGAAAACGUUUGUACUGUUUGCUGUCUCACCGGAAGGCACUUAAAAUUAAAAUUAAAUCAUUUCAAAAUUAAUUGAUCCCCUGCAGGAGUUGUAUGGUUGGAUAAAAAAAUUAAAAGGAAAAUAUAAUAUAUACCAGACACUUACUUCAUAUAAAAUCUAAUCGGUGCCUAACCAAUGACAAAUAAAUCAUUGCUACGUGAUUACGGUCUUAGAGUGUGUGCAUAAUUUAACUCUUAUACUAUAAUGAUACAAUAUUUGGUCAUAUAAAUGUAAGUUGAAUUUGUUAUUCUUGGUAAAAAAAAAAGCUUGACAAUUAAUACAUCUCCCUAUACAUGAACUUUUUUUAAAAAAAUUUUAAUUAAUAUAUUAUUUAGUUACAAGUUAAUAUUAA